AUGUCCGACAUAACCCAAUUCAUGAACACUCAAUCUCCUCUUCUGAUCUAUGAUUUCUUCGACAUGGAUUUGGCCAUGACGAUGGCGAUGGAGAGUCCAAACGGUGCUUGGAUGAAACAAUUCUCUUCCUCCACCACCUCUGCGGCAGAAAAAACCCUAUUAGUCUCCCAAAUGGCGACGCUUCCCUCCGACGAAUCUGUCGCCGCUGUUUGCAGCGUUUGUAUGGAUGGAUUCGAUGAAGAAGGAUCUGGAAAAAUAACCAGAUGUGGACAUAUGUAUCAUGGAAAUUGUAUUAUAGAAUGGUUAUCUCAAAAGGAUUCUUGCCCGAUUUGCCGCUGCAAGAUUUCCGGCGAUGGAGAAAACUAG